AUUCUCAGUUCACCUGUUCGAAUAACAAACAAUCGCAAUGGCCAAAUUCGCUUUCUUCGUCCUCUGCGCUCAGGCUCUCUUCAUCCAGAGCAUCUACUCCCAAUGCAUCCAGCAGCAGAGCGUCUACAACGGCGGGUGUUCCGGCGGCCUUCCCUCCAUCCCCUCCAUCCCGAUCAGUCAACCAGGGUGCGGCAUCAGCAACAUCGGCUACGGCAAUUUGGGCGGCCUUAGCAACAUCGGUGGCCUUAGCAAUCUGGGCGGCCUUAGCAACAUUAACGGCCUUAGCAAUCUGGGCGGCCUUAGCAACAUCGGCUACGCUUCCAACGCCAUCGUAUCCAAUGGCUACGGCUCCAACGCUAACGGAGGCUACGGUGGCUCUGGGUACGGUGAGAUCGUGGCUAUUGGGGACCUCGGCGUCGGUGGCCAGACCCUGGUGAAUGGCAACCUGCCGGCCAGCGGUAUUGCCACCUUCAAUGGCGCAGUCCCUGCUGGUGGAUACGUCACCAUCAUUGGCAGCAACCCCGGUAUCUGCAGCUGUCAGUGCCCCGGACUGUACUGAGGUGGAUUUGAGUUGCGACUUUGACAAUAAUAGAGCUACAAUAAUAAAUGAAUUU